GCAACAGCAGCAACAGAAAAUAAAGAAGCUGCCUCUUCGCCGUUUCACCGUUUUCUCUCGUGCACACCUUUUCCUUUCGUUGCUUUCUUCGUGACCGUACCACCACCACCACCUCCAAAAAGGAAGGAAGGAAAGAAGAACGUCGCGGUGCACAACGUAUGGUAAAGGGUACGUCUCACCGCCACGCACCGUUAGAGCACAGGAAACACAAAGGAAACUGAAGCCACCGGCGAAAAAGAACAGAGGAGGAUUGUUUGUUGUGUUGAGCUCACGCGUGACACUCAAAGCAAUACGUGCCCGCCGCACCUGCUCUGGAAUAUCCGCAGUUUUCUAUUGUUCUUUCUCUCGUGAGGUUUAGUCAUUCACUGCACACCGGAUUUCUUUCUUUUCUCUCCGUCUUCGUCGUAUCAGAUGACGGCUAUGGCAGACGACGAGGUGCUCCCGAUGCGGGCCGCGUUACGGGCAAAGGACGUCGUCGCGGCAGGGCAGGUGGAGAACGUGCUGCAGUUGCCGUCUCCGGUGUACACGGCGGAGUUCACCGACGCGCAUCACGUUCUUAUCGGCGCCGGCGGCGGGGGCAAAAAGUUUGGCAUGGCGAACGUUGCGUUGCUGCUGCGUGUUGCGUCACUGCGUGGUGCAUCAUCGUCGUCGUCGUCACCAUCGACCUCCUCCGCUGCUUCCAUCGUGAAAAGCGGCGUAGAGACGGCUGCGGCAGCCUCGCCCUCCUCAGCGGCGCCAUCCGAGCCACCCGUGUGGGGAUUUGCGGCUGCGAUUGACUUGGGCGAGGACAUCCCCUGGUGUACCUCCGCGUUCUUGCCCUUUAACAUAAACGGAACACCUCCAGGAGGCUCUGUCAGCGACCCCGCUGCUCUCCGCUGGUCGGACCAGCAGCGGGUGGUGCUGCAGGGACUCGUAGGCUUUAUCGCACUCAGCAGCAUCACCGCCUUUACGCUCAUUGGUGUGUACCGCGGAACAGAGCCGACAUCAAGUUCCGCGAUGUCGUCGUCGGAGGAGGAGGAAGCGGGGGCGGAUGCCUCUGCACCAGCGCCUCCGACUCACCAGGCGAAGGACAAGAGCGAUUGUGCGGAGCCGCAACGGCGUUAUCUUCGCCAGCUGGCGCGCAUCACCGUGCCCCACGACGCAAAGGACCCCGAUAAGAAGCCGAUCGCGCUCUCGCAGAACGUGCUUCUCGUCGCACACGACGCCAACGGCGUGCUCGGUUACGCCCUCACCGAUUUGGUGCCGCAUAGCUUCGAGGACAACCACAGCGAGGCGUAUGAACGCACGUACGCGUCCCAGGUGAAGGCUAGCGGUGGAGCCCUGCAGCGCCGCGUGCCGCAUACCGUGACGACGGCAGCGCCUGUGGUGGAGUGGCCGCUGCCAGCACGCGUCAACGACUUGUCGGUGAACCGGGUAUGCAUCGUGCAAGCCGCGCGCUCAGAUGAGACCGGUCCGUCCGCGGUGCGGCCCUGCAAAGCGCACUUGCAGGAGCAUCUCAUCUUGGCUGCCGUGCUGCAGGACAAGACCGUUGUGCUGAGUACGCUGCGCCUACGACAGAAAUACGUGCGCACGACGAGAGACGCAGUGGCGCCUGUGUCAGUGGUGACGGCCCUUACGCUAACGGGGGCGGAGCUGCCUCUUCCGUUUAAGCUUCUCACCUCCUCCCUACGCCUCGUGCGCCUCUACGGAUGGAACAACAUCGCAGCGGGGCAGCAGGCGGAGAUGCGCCGGCAGCUCACGUGGCAGUCGCUGCAAGAGCACGGCGCCCCCACGCACGGCCCCCUGUGCAGCUUGCUGCUCGUCGCUUUCAACACCCACACCAGCGAGUCUUUCCUCCUCCACGGAGCCGUGGACGUCACCCCGCUGCCCUCCGCCUCCCACGAAAACCGCAGCGCACUUACGCUGCAGCUCCGCUGGGUGCAACCGCAGCCCACACCGGUACUGGGCGAUGCCAUCACCUCCUUGUCCACGUGCGCCGACCGGGUGCCGGCGGACGACGAGGCACGCAUCCAACGCAGUCCGGUCGGAGCGGCGGUGCCGACGCACUUCAUCGUUGGCACCGUCGAAGGUUGGGUGGCGUCGGUCCGCUGGAUCGCCGCCGAGGGCCGUUGGCGCAGUGACCACGUCCGUCCCUCCCCCCUCAAGUCUGUCGCGAAGCGGUUCCCUGCACUUCACAAAGAGCCGGUGUCGUGUGUGGCGGUGUCGGCGGAGAACGACGUCGUGAGCGCGGACAUCGCACAGAACGUUGCCUUGACGACCCUCCCGUACGCCCUUCGCCCUUCACCCACUCCCGCCUCUUCAUCUCAAAAAGGCUCCGCUCCGGGCUCGGCGCGUGGCACACGCAGUCGCGGGGCGGACUCUGACGACGCGCUGUACGUUGUGCAGCCGCGCCUGGCGACGUCCGCGACGCUGUUUCCGCCGUCGACGCCCGUGACGGGUCUGUUGAGCUGGGUGAUGCGCAACACCGCAGGUGAGUUGAUGCCGGCGCGCGCGCUCAUCUUCCUCACGGUGCCGGUACUGCUGCUACUGGUAGCACUCAUCAUCAUGAUGCGUUAA